GUACAAGAAACUAUUACGCACAGUGGACCUCACAAAGGACUUCUUUUUCAGCUAUUCAUAUCUUAUUAUGCUUAGUCUUCAGAAAAACUUAAGCAAUCAUGAAUCGGAACUUGUUCUUUAUGAAACAAUGUUCGUAUGGAAUGAGUUCUUGACUCGUGGGAUCCGCAAUCAGCUCAGGAAUACUAUGUGGACUGUGGCUUUAGUUUAUGGAUUCUUUAAAGAGGCCAAACUUCCAAUUUGUGAGAAAGACUUCAAGUUGAUCCUUAUUGCGAGACGAUCUCGUCACUAUGCCGCAACUAGAUAUUUGAAGAGAGGUGUAAAUGAGAAGGGUAGAGUAGCCAAUGAUGUGGAGACAGAACAAAUUGUGGUCGAAGAUGUUCCUGAAGGGUGUCCAGUACACAUUAGCUCUGUUGUGCAGAACCGUGGGUCAAUACCUCUUUUCUGGUCACAGGAAACUUCAAGACUAAAUAUUAAGCCUGAUAUUAUAUUGUCAAGGAAGGACCCUAUGUAUGAAGCUACCCAGCUUCACUUUGAGAACCUAGUCAAGAGAUAUGGAAAUCCAAUUAUCAUAUUGAAUCUUAUCAAGACCCGUGAGAAGAAGCCCAGAGAAUCUAUUUUGCGUGCAGAAUUUGCUAAUGCUAUUGAUUGUAUCAAUAAAAAGCUCUCCGAGGAAAACCAUUUGAAGUUUCUUCACUGGGACCUAAAUAAAUUCACAAAAAACAAAGCUACAAAUGUAUUGAUGGCUUUAGGCAAGGUGGCUGCUAAUGCAUUGGAAUUAACUGGCUUCUUUUACUGUCAUGUAAAUCCAUCUUCAAGGACAGCAGAAUUGUUGAAUUUCCCAUAUGCAAGUAACAAAUGCAAACAAGACGGCUCCGAGGAAGAUCUUCAUAAUGUUGCUGUGAACACUCAUUGUGUUGAAAGUGGACUAAACUACAAUAAAGACGAUUCACAUGGAAUUCAAUCCACCAAGUGCCCAAACUUCCAAAGAGGGGUCCUAAGAACAAACUGCAUUGACUGUCUAGAUCGUACCAAUGUUGCUCAAUUUGUAUAUGGGCUUGUUGCUAUGGGCCAUCAACUGCAUGCUUUGGGCUUUAUAGAUGUGGAAAAUAUAGAUUUGGAUUCUCCUUUGGCAGAUGCUUUAAUGAAGAUAUAUGAAUCAAUGGGAGACACUCUUGCGCUACAGUAUGGUGGAUCAGCUGCACACAACAAGGUGACCUUAUUCUCAAUUAAGAAUUUCA